AUGGCCCGGCUCUUCCGGAAGGGAACAUCGGCAGUGGUGCAAGACGAUGCCCAUUACCAACGCUGCGACGACCUGCAGCAGGAGGAGAAGCAAGUCUUGAGGAGGUUCUGGAUCCUCCUCGUUGCAACAGCUGUCCUCUCCAGCAGUUUGUCGUUUCUCAUCGACCGCUUCACUUACGCCACGGGCUUGCUGCGCUCCACGCUGACCCUCGGGGCCCCGCUCAAAGCGCUGGGCUUCAAUUGCGGGAUGGCCUGUCUCGCGCGGAUCAUCGUUCGACCUACAGUGGAGGCCGAGGGAAGUGGCUUUCCAGAGAUGAAGGCGAUGCUCUUUGGCAAGGUCCUUUUCAACUUCCUGACCUUCCGAGUGCUGCUGUCAAAGGCUCUCGCCCUCUCCUUGGGAGUUGGUGCUGGCCUCCCGCUGGGGAAGGAAGGACCCAAUGUCCAUAUGGCUGCAUGCAUUGCACGGGUCAUCCAGCCAUCUUUCUUUGAGAAACGUGCUCAAAGCAGCCACGGUGCCCACGGGGCCGGGGGAAGUGGUGUGGGCUCUGCUGUUUCAAAGCUGCUCCUUGCGGCCUGUGCUGUGGGUGUGGGUGCCUCCUUCUCAGCACCCAUUGGGGGCGUGAUCUUCUCCCUCGAGUUGAUGCUGCCACAGACCUACGACGCGUUCGCGUACUGGGGCUGCUUUACCGCUGGCAUCGUGGGUGCCAUCACUUACGCAGUGGAAAGGACCUUGACUACAGGGGGACAGAACUUGCUUCCCUUGAUUAGCUCCAACGUGCUGCCCGGCGAGGGCUCUGACACGGACUUCCCACUGUUACGGCUGGCUGUAGACAUCGCUCUAGGCUUGCUAUGCGGGCUGGGAGGAGGGCUCUGGGUUCGGUCGCACUCCUAUGUUGCUGGCGUAUUGAAGCGCUGGCGUCUGCGGGAGGGUGAGCCGCUGAAGGUCGGUCACCAGGAGCCACUGCUCGGUCAGGAGGAGGGCCGCCCGGGCUGCCUGAAGCGCUGUUUCUUGCGGCUGCUGGGCGGCAAAUGGCGGGACUUGGCUUUGGUUGCUUCAGUGACAGCCCUGAACACGCUUUUGGCGUCGUCCUUGCCCUUGCUUGGGGGCAAGCCGCAGCCUUUGCUGAUCUCCACCAUCUUCGACAAAAACCUUCUAGAGAAGGAUCCGGCAACCUGGGUCCUUCCAUGGGCGGGGGUCGCUGGAACUAUGGCCCUUUGCUUCCUAAUGAAGUGGUGCAUGACGAUCCUUGCCCUUUCCUCAGCCAUUCCAGCAGGAGUUGUUGCUCCGACCAUGAUUAUUGGCGGCCUCCUUGGCCGGGUCUACGCCCAUGUGCUUCUACCAGACUGGUUCAUUGACAUGCUCCUCAGCAAGAACGGCCUCCCGCCUUCGGAGCUGCAGCGAGGAGCCUUCAUGGCCCGCUGUGGCAUCGUGGGCGCGUCGGCCUUCUGCGCAGCAGUCUGCCGUGCGUUUGCCAUGGCCAUCACUGUUUUCGAGGUCUUGGCCUUGCCGAACUCUGUCCUGCCCCUCUGCAGCUCUGCACUGACGGCCAUCUUUGUGGCGAACAAGGUGGCGCUGCCCUUCUUUGACGCCAACUUGGCUACUCGCAACUUGGGGGGGAUCCCAGCAAUCACUUUCACGGACAAAGCCAUCGAGCCGGUAAUGAAGGUCAUGAGUGUUGCGGACAUGGGAGACUGUCUUCCACAGAUGAUCACUCUUCGCCACUUGUUGCACGUGCUAACGAGCACUAGCCACGACUUCUUCCCAAUCGUUCGGCCCCUUGCCUGGGAUGUCUCGGACAAGGGCCUCUUGGAGGGCACGAUGACUCGGAAGAACGUCGAGCGGCUCUUGAAGAUGUUGGACCCUCGUGGCGAGACACCAGACCGAGAGAUUGAUCUCAUGGAGCCCCAGUUUCAAGCGCCACCGGACGGCAGCGAGCCGCUGGUGGAAGGCUCACCGGUGCGCGUCUCGCCGGACUGCACCGUCAAGGAUGUCUACCUGCUCAUGAAAGUGGCCGAGAGCGACGGCGUGGUCUACGUCACGGAUCGUGGAAUCCUGCAAGGCUUCAUCACGUUGAGCACGCUGAUGAGCCGCCAGAUCUGA